AUGAUUGUGAAAGUAAAGUUGUCGGUCCUUGCUUUCGCAGCAACUCUCUUAUCCUCAAACUCACUAGUUUCUGCUCUUUCUGCGAAUGACAUCCCAUCGGAUACCCCAAUAUCAUCUUUACUAGCAUCUGCCAAUGCGCAUUUGGCAAAGGGCGAAACAAAUGAUGCUUUAACUUAUUAUGAUAUUGCGAUCGCCCGUGAUCCAUCAAACUAUUUAAGUCAUUUCCGUCGCGGAGCUGCCUACCUGUCCCUCGGUCGAAUGGCCCAGGCUGCUCAGGACUUUGAUAAGGUUUUGACAAUCAAACCAGGCCAUGAGCCGGCACUAUCACAACGGGCGAAAAUUAGGGCAAAGAAUGGCGAUUGGGAAAACGCAAAACAAGAUUACCUCGCCUUGGGCGCAUCUCAGGGAGCCGAAGAAGAACUCGCAAACUUAAUUGAGGCCCAAGGUGCAGCUAGCUUGGCGAUGGAUGCGGAGAAGAGCCAGAACUGGGAAGAAUGUGUGACACAGGCUGGAGCUGCAAUUAUGGUUGCGUCGAAGGUGGUAUCACUUCGCAAAACCAGAGCCCAUUGUCGUUUUGAGCGCGGGGAAGUCCAAGAAGGAAUGAGUGAUCUAAAGCAUGUUUUACAGAUGCAGCCAGGACUUACGGACCCUCAUCUCCGGAUUUCCACGAUUAACUUUUACAACCUAGGGGAAUUGGAACAGGGUAUGGAUCAGUUGAGGAAAUGCUUACAUUCAGACCCAGAUUCAAAGAGCUGUAAGAAGUUGUAUAGAAGAGAGAAGACCAUCGACAAAAACUUGGCCCAGGCUCGGAAGUUUUUUGAAAAGCAUCAAUACUCGAGUGGAGUGAAACUCCUCGUCCCAUCUGGGGAGGACGUUGGAUUGGUUCAAGAGAUUAAGGAUGAUCUCAAGGAGUUCCGAGAGUCUGGCAUUAUCCCGGAGCAUGCGCCAAAUCACCUUGUAACUCAAGUUGUGGAAAUGGUUUGCCAGGCUUAUCACGAGACCAAGAAUACCAAAAAAGCUGCUACAUACUGUGACGAAGCUCUUUCACUCAACGAAAACUCUCUAUAUGGGCUUCUCCACAAAGCCCAGAAACACAUGGAAGCGGAGAACUACGAAGCUGCAAUAUCCACCCUCAAUACAGCAAAGGAACAUCACCCUGAUGCACAGCAGAUUGGGGGGCUCUUACAAAAAGCUCAGGUAGAGUUAAAGCGAAGCAAAACAAAAGACUAUUACAAGGUUCUAGGGGUAUCCAAGGAUGCUGAUGAGCUUCAAAUCAAGUCGGCAUACAGAAGAAUGGUAAAGCUAAACCAUCCCGACAAGGCUCACAAGCAAGGAGUUAGCAAAGAAGAGGCCGAGAAGAAGAUGGCAGCCAUUAACGAAGCAUAUGAAGUACUGAGUGAUCCUGAAUUAAAGGCUCGUUUCGAUCAAGGAGAUGAUCCGAAUGAUCAUGAGCAACAACGAGGCCAUCCGUUUCAAGGAGGUAACCCAUUCGGUGGCGGUGGAUUCCCUUUCCAACAUAGCGGUGGACAUGGUGGAGGUCAACAGUUCAACUUCAAGUUUGGUCCAGGGGGGUUCAAUUUCGGUUAA